AUGGAGGAACUGGCCCGAGAGAGCAUCAGCCUGAUGGCCCGGUCCGCGUCCCAUGCGGACCCGCCGCGGCUCGGCUCGUUUGGCGCAGUGUUCAUCAUGCUGAAGUCCGCGCUUGGAGCCGGACUGCUCAACUUCCCCUGGGCUUUCCAGAAAGCGGGGGGAGUGAACACCGCCAUCAGUGUGGAGCUGGUUUCACUGGUUUUCCUCAUCAGUGGGUUGGUGAUCCUCGGCUACGCCUCCUCAGUCAGCAGACAGACGACCUAUCAGGACGUGGUGAGCGAGGUGUGUGGACGAGCUGUGGGUCAACUCUGUGAAGUCUGUUUCUGCUUCAACCUCUUCAUGAUAUGUGUCGCCUUCCUGGUGGUGGUGCAGGACCAGCUGGAGAAAUUGUGUAUUUCUUUAUAUGAGACGGUGACUGGGUCCAGUGAAGGAGAGAUGCCGUAUCACUGGUACACCGACCAGCGAUUUGCCCUCUUCAUCAUGUGCCUUUUCAUCAUCCUACCCCUGUCCAUCCCAAAAGAAAUUGGCAUCCAGAAAUACACAAGUGUGUUGGGGACGCUGGCUGCUACAUAUCUGUGUGUGGCAGUGAUUGUCAAAUAUUACCUGAUGGACAGCCACCCUGCUAUAAUAACCCCAGAGCACAGCCAAGGUUUGAGUUCGUGGGCUUCAAUGUUCAGUGUCGUGCCGACUAUCUGCUUUGGCUUCCAGUGCCAUGAAGCCUGUAUAGCAAUCUAUAGCAGCAUGGAGAACCAGAAGCUCUCCCACUGGGUGAUCAUCUCUGUGCUCUCCAUGUUCUUCUGUUUACUCAUCUACACUCUAACAGGUGUGUACGGCUUCAUGACGUUCGGACGAGCAGUCGCCUCAGAUAUUUUGAUGUCAUAUCCAGGAGACGAUGUGGUCAUGAUCAUUUCCAGACUACUUUUUGGAAUAUCAAUUAUCACCAUCUAUCCUAUUAUUCUUCUCCUGGGGAGAUCUGUCAUCCUGAACUUGGUGCUGCGCAUUCAAAGACGGCGUCGAGGAGUCGUCACUAGUUCGUUUGAGACUCGCUGCAGAGUCGUUCUCACUGUGAUCUGGAUCACCAUCACUCUCCUCAUUGCCAUGUACGUCCCCGACAUGGGUGAAGUCAUCAGUGUCAUCGGAGGAAUAAGCGCCUUCUUCAUCUUUAUUUUUCCUGGUCUUUGCUUAGUGUUCACAAUGCAAACUGAAUCUGUGACUCCAAGAGUCAGGGUGGUUUUAACCAUUUGGGGAGUCAUAACUGUUGUAGUUGGAGCCUUCAUCUUUGGACAGAGCACAACCAUCGCUGUCAUGGAGCUUUUCCAAAAAUUUUGA